AUUUCCCAGAGAGACUGCCCGCCCCGGCCGGACCUGCGCGGGGCGCUGGACCUUCGCCGUGGGAGUGAGGCCUCGGCCGGACCCUGGCGGAGUCUGUGCUGGAGGCGGCGGUCCGGCCGGGCGGUUCCCGAGCCUCCCUCCCGCGGAGCGCGCCCCGGAGCGCGGAGUUCAGCCUCCUGGAGACGCUGCCCAUCCUCGGGCUGAAGAGCCCAGCAAGCGGACAUGGCUGCUGAGCCGAGGGGAGCAAGCUCUCAGAUGUCAGUGACGUUCAAGGACGUGGCUGUGCUGUUCACGCGGGAUGAGUGGAGAAAGCUGCGUUCUCCUCAGAGACACUUGUACCAGGAUGUGAUGCUGGAAAACUACAAUAACCUGGUCUCGCUGGGGCUCCUAUUUUCCAAACCAAAAGUGAUCUCCCUGUUGCAGCAAGGAGAGGAGCCGUGGAAGGUGGAGGAAGAGCGUCCUGGGGGCUCCUCUCUGGGAUGGAAGAGCAGUCAUAAAACCACAAAGUCAACUCAAACUCAAGAUUCUUUAAUUCAGGAGUUGAUAAUGAAAAGAUCCAAAAGGAAUGGACCCUGGAUCUUCAAAUCAGAAAAAACCUGCAUAUAUGAAGACAGAUUAGAGAAAAAACAGAAGAAAAAAGGAAGUGUUCAUAUAUUUUCAGUCAUUCACAAAAAUAUUCUUACUGUAGAAAGAAGACAUAAAAAUACUGAAUUUGGCCAAAACCUUAGCCCAAAGUCAGUCCUUAUUAGGAAGCAAGUGGUUCCUAGAGAAAGAACACUACCAAAAUGUGAAAUACAAGGAAACAGCUUCAAACAGAAUUUAAAUGUAAUUAAUCAACCAAAAAUCAACACAACAGAGAAACGCUAUAAAUGUAGUAUAUGUGAGAAAACCUUUAUUAACACUUCAUCUCUUCGUAAACAUGAGAAAAACCAUAGUGGAGAGAAAUUAUUUAAAUGUAAAGAAUGUUCAAAAGCAUUUAACCAAAGUUCAGCUCUUAUUCAACAUCAAAUAACCCAUACUGGAGAGAAACCCUAUGUAUGUAAAGAAUGUGGGAAAGCCUUUACUCUUAGUACAUCCCUCUAUAAACAUCUAAGAACACAUACUGUGGAGAAAUCCUAUAGAUGUAAAGAAUGUGGUAAGUCUUUCAGUCAAAGGUCAGGCCUUUUCAUACAUCAAAAAAUUCAUGCUAGAGAAAACCCCUGUAAAUAUAACCCAGGUAGGAAAUCAUCUAGUUGCAGCACAUCCCUUCCUGGGUGUCAGAGAAUUAAUUCCAGGAAGAAGUCCUAUUUAUGUAAUGAAUGUGGUAACACAUUUAAGUCUAGCUCAUCUCUUCGUUAUCAUCAGAGAAUUCACACAGGAGAGAAACCUUUUAAAUGUAGUGAAUGUGGGAGAGCCUUUAGUCAGAGUGCAUCUCUUAUUCAACAUGAGAGAAUUCACACUGGAGAAAAGCCCUAUAGAUGUAAUGAAUGUGGAAAAGGCUUCACUUCUAUUUCACGACUUAAUAGACACCGAAUAAUUCAUACUGGUGAGAAGUUUUAUAAUUGUAAUGAAUGUGGUAAAGCCUUAAGUUCCCACUCAACACUUAUUAUUCAUGAAAGAAUUCAUACUGGAGAGAAACCAUGUAAAUGUAAAGUGUGUGGGAAAGCCUUCAGACAAAGUUCAGCUCUCAUUCAACAUCAGAGAAUGCAUACUGGAGAAAGACCCUAUAAAUGUAAUGAGUGUGGAAAAACAUUUAGGUGUAACUCAUCCCUUAGUAAUCAUCAGAGAAUUCAUACUGGAGAAAAACCAUAUCGAUGUGAGGAAUGUGGGAUAUCUUUUGGCCAAAGUUCAGCUCUUAUUCAACAUCGGAGGAUUCAUACAGGAGAGAAACCCUUUAAAUGUAAUACAUGUGGGAAGACUUUUAGACAAAGCUCAUCACGCAUCGCUCAUCAAAGAAUUCAUACUGGAGAGAAACCUUAUGAAUGUACUACAUGUGGGAAACUUUUCAACCACAGGUCAUCUCUUACUAAUCAUUAUAAAAUUCAUACUGAAGAGAGCCCCUAGAAAGUAGAUUUGCAUGUAUGGAAGCCUUAAACCAAAGCUUAUCAGAAAACAUGAGAUUGAUGGAAUAAAUGUAAUGGGUAUUUAAAAAAAAUUUCUAUAAUUCAGUCAUCAGAUAUUAAAUUCCAAAGGUAUGUCUUGACUGUGUAAUAGAUAACGACAAAAGUGUUCUUGUCUGUAGACACUUUUUAAAAUAACCUGAAAUGAGUUAACAUCAAGAGACGUUAACUUUGGGCAUUUGUCAAAUAGAAGAAUUGUUUUAUUUCUCAGCCGAUUACACUAGAUAUGUUACUGUCAGUAAUGUCUGGGCCAGGGGUGGGGCUGUGUGUACUGGAUUUCUCAAAACAACUAUAAACUGGUAAUACUUUUUAAAAUAACAUUUUAAUAGCAUAUAAAAGAUGUGAUAAAAUAAAUUAUACAUUUUUAGGAGAAAAGGACCAAAUAAACUAUAAAAAUGAAGUGAAAAUUACCUCUCAGUUUUUAAGAUUUGACCUUUCCUGACUUAUGUCAAACUUUGUGCAUGGAUAUCAUUUAAAAAUAAAAAUAAAGUCUGUUGCCUUCUAGUAA